AUGCGAUUGCAGAACGCCCUUUUCACGGGGGUUUUGAUGCCUCUGCUGGGGGAAGCACGCUCGUUGAACUUUGACUUCCCUUAUAACGCAUCAACCCCUGUCCCAUACACCAUCUCAGUCGACAAGCAGUUCAUUGAGGAAACUCAGCUCAAGGCAAAACUCUAUCGUCCUUCACCGGACCUCAAAGACGACAGCAAUGCUGAGUGGAUUGAGGGCCCGCCGCAUGAGACAAUGGUCACCUUGGCCAAAGACUGGGCGAACAGUUAUGACUGGUUCGAAGUGCAGGAUGAGAUCAACUCCAACUUCUCUCACUACGCUGUAACUGUUGAUGGGCCUGAAGAUUGGAAUCACCCGGUUCCACUUCACUUCGUCCAUGAGCGGUCGGAUGAUCCAGAUGCCAUCCCGCUGCUCCUCCUGCACGGCUGGCCUUCUUCGCACCUUGAGUGGUCCAAGGUGAUCAAGCCUCUGUCAUCAGGGAAUGGGUCUUCCAACGUCACCUUCCAUGUUGUUGCACCAGAUCUGCCUGGCUAUGGGUUCAGUCCUGCCCCGGAAUACGCGGGCCUCAGUCCCAGCCGGAUGGGAAUAGCCUUUGACAAGUUGAUGAAGACGCUGGGCUACGAGAAGUAUGGCGUCGCGAGCACGGAUUUAGGCUGGAUGGUGGGCAUGUGGAUGGCCCACGAUGUGUCCGAAAGCCUCAUCGGCCACUUCACCGACUUCUUCCUGAUGCAGCCUAACUCGACAGACCUGGAGCGGUACGCGCAGAACCAGACGACGGCGGAAGAAUCGGCCUUCAUCAGCUCCAUUACGACAUGGUUCGGCACCCGCUCGAGCUACUCGACCGUCCACUCCCAGGCGCCUCUGGCCAUUGGACAAGCCAUGUCGGACACGCCGGUUGGCUUUGCCGGGUGGAUUCUGCAGCUGAUGCAUCCUAUUAGCGGAGCAUACGUGUAUAGCUCAACGGAAGUCAUCACGGAUGCUCUGAUGUUGUGGAUACAGGGUGUAUGGGGUGGCCUGAGAUCAUACAAGGAGUGCUUCGACCCCAAGGCCCAGGCCUUUCCCGUAACUACGGUCCCAACUGCACUCACGCAGUGGGGAGGCCCUAGUACAACUGGCAUCGAGAACACCAACUUUUUGCCACGCGACUGGGCGGAGCGUUGGGUCAAUGUCGUGUAUAUGUCGAGGCAUGAUGCUGGUGGCCAUUUCCCUGCGGUCAGUGAGCCUGAUGCGUGGGUUCAGGAAGUCCGCAACUUCUUUGGUGGUCUCAUCACGGGCGCGUUCUAG